AUGGCAUCUGAAGACAUCGGCAACUCUAGCCUUCCAUGGUGGAAAACAGCCGUUGGAUAUCACAUCUACGUACCUUCCUUCUCCGAUUCCAAUGGCGACGGCAUUGGUGAUAUCCCCGGAAUCAUACCCCGCCUUCCAUAUCUCAGAUCUCUUGGCGUGGAUCUCAUCUGGCUUUCUCCGUUCUACGCAUCGCCUCAAUAUGAUAUGGGAUACGAUAUCUCCAACUAUAAAUCUGUGCAUCCACCUUACGGUACCACUUCUGAUGUACAACGAUUAAUCGAUGCAGCUCACCAGCACGGGUUGAAGAUAAUCUUUGACCUGGUGGUGAAUCAUACCAGUCACCUUCACGAAUGGUUCCUAUCUUCGAGAUCUAGUAGAUUGUCUGCAAAGCGGGAUUGGUAUCAUUGGCGACCUGGGAAAGUCGAUGAGCAGGGAAACCGAAGACCACCGAAUAACUGGAUGUCGGUUUUUGGAAGGUCGGCGUGGCAGUGGGAUGAACUGACGGAGGAGUAUUACUUACAUAUCUAUUUAAAGGAACAACCGGAUUUGAACUGGGAGAAUAGUGAGCUAAGGAAGGCGGUUUUCGAUGAUGCGAUACGGUUUUGGUUGGAUAAAGGGGUUGAUGGGUUUAGAAUCGAUACGGUUUGUAUAUACGCCAAGGAUACGGGAUUUCCAGAUGCGGAAAUUAGUAACCCUGACUCGGAGUUUCAAUUGGGGAGGAGAUAUUAUGCGGAUUUACCACAGAAUUUUGAGUAUUUGAAGGAGAUGAGGGCUAUUUUUGGGAGCUACGAGGGCAGAGAGUUGGUAAUGAUAGGGGAGUAUAGUGGGUCUACGACGACGGAGAUUGCGAGGGGCUAUUGUGGACAGAAUGGAUCUCUGGAUUGUGGAUUUCAUAAACAGUUAUUGGAUCUGGAAAGGACGGAGGUGUCGAAGUGGAUUUUAAGAGAGCCCAGUUUUGAACUUACCAGAUUUUUGGAGGUCCAUAACGAAUGGCAGGGAUUGAUGGAUAAAGGAAAGGAAGCUUGGACGGCGGUUUAUCUGGAGAAUCAUGAUGUUGCAAGGAGUGUAUCUAGGUUUGCAGACGAUAGCCUGGAAAUGCGAGUUGCUUCUGCGAAGUUGCUGGCUGUGCUGAUGGCGACUUCUUCUGGAACAUUAUUUAUAUACCAAGGACAGGAGAUCGGAAUGACGAGUAUGCCGAGGGAAUGGAGUAUUCAGGAGUAUAAGGAUAAUGAAACGGUAAGGUACUAUGAGGCCGUUAGAGAAGGGAGAGCGAGUGGGGAAAGUUUAGAGUGUGCAUUAUCUAGUAUCAGAAAAGUCGCGAGAGACCAUGGGAGGACGCCGAUGCAAUGGGAUACCAGUUUAAACUCCGGAUUUACUUCUGCGGGGGAGAGUUGGAUGAGGGUUAAUGAGAAUUAUGCAGAGGUUAACGUUGAAUUUGAGGAAGGGAAUGAGGAUAGUGUGCUGGAGUUUUGGAAGAGAAUUUUGAGGAUUAGGAAACAAUACUGGGAAUUGUUCAUCGCUGGGAGGUUCGAGCUGUUUGAUGUUGAAGGUGAGUUGAGGAACAGAGUCGGAGUUUACUGGAAGUAUGAACAGGAAGAGGGGAGACAAAGUGGGGAUCUGAAGAGGGCGCUAGUUGUCAUGAACUUUUCGACGAUGAGAAUGGCGAUAGAAGAUGUUCUAGAAGAGAUAUUUGGGGGUGGGAAACGGGAGAUAGCUGAGUUCCAGCUGAUAGUUUCGACUCAUCCGGGAAGCGACUCUAGAGCUUUAGAUGCUUAUGAAGCGAGAGUGUACAUGGGGCUAUUUAAGAAUUAA